UUUCUGAAAACUUAAAGAUUAAAUAGUUAAAAUAGAUCUAUCUAGAUCUAAAUCUAGAUAUUAGAAUUUAUUAGAUCUAGAGUCUAAUAGACAUAGUCUCAUAGAGACUCUGUAGACAGUGUUACGUGUAGACUGUAGUAGAAUAGAAUACCAUUACUGAUGAUUACUAGCUUCCAGUAUAGAUCAUCUAGAAUAGAUUAUAUAUCUAAUUAUUCUAGAUCUUAGAAGUCUUAGUCACUAAGUUACUAGAUCUAGUUAGACUAGUUAGUGACUUAUUUUUUUGUCUUAGUAGCCUAGCCUACAGGUCUACAUAAUACAAGUUACAAUGGAUAUAGAUUCACAUUAGUGGCGGUGCUACAAUGGGACAUUACUCAAGUUGCAUUAUUACCAAACAAAUUCUGAAACGAUUGUCAAACAUUAAUUUUAAAAAAAAAUUAACAAAAAAUGGCUGUGGCAUAUAUAAAAAAGGACAUACUGCCAGAGGAUACAGAGGGCACUUUUAAUGAAUGUAACAUCCUUGUUUGAAAUUGCUUGGAGUUGACUCGAAUAUCAGCCUUGACCUGGUAUAAUGGGUGGGGCACAUAGCAAGAAAACGAAACGAGGCAAAACAAAAAGUCAAGUCAGGUCUGCUCAUGCCCCAGAAGCCAGUGCGGAUAAAAUGAGAAUUUGUCAAGUAAUUUUACCAGAUGGAAGUCAGGUACAAAAGAAAGUUUAUUCUGUUCAAAGUGCAUUUGAGAUUAAAGAAGACUGUCUCCCUAAUGAGAACAUAAAUCUAGAAAACUAUGUAGUUGUUCUCUGGUUUGAUGAUGAUCAGCCUGAAAUUGAAAUGAAGGAUGAGGAUGAAUUUGGAAAUCAGCUUUUUGAGUUUGAUCAUAUUAUUUUAAGAGAGAGGCUGAAUGAAGCUAGGGGAAAUGAACUAGAUAAUGCUAUCAAAUUGAAACAGCCAAGGCCAUAGUUAAACUUAGAAUGUGAAAGCGGAUAUACAAUAUUUGUUCAGAACUUGUGAGGAACAGUUGUUACUGAGUGCUUUAAAUGGAUACAAUGUUUUCUGUGCAAUGGUUUUGAUGUAGAGAUGAACUUCAUUGUAUUGUAUCAUGUGUUGUUCAGAUGUCAUUUGUCACAUUUUUGUAUACAUAUUUAGGUAUUCAUAUUGUAUUUGUUUAUAUAUAUAUAUAUAUAUAUAUAUAUAUGAUCUAUAACUAUAUGUAUACUGGCCAACACCAGAUGUGUUGUCUUUCUAGAUGCCAGUAUUACAUAGCUUUAUAAAAUAUUCAUAGUUUAAAUUUCAUUUUAUUGAAGCAAUGAAACAUCUUUUAUUUUAUAAUUGCCAGUUAUAAUUUCACAUAGUCAUUUAAUUACUUAGUCAUUAAUCAUGAAUUAAUUUUAAGGUUAAAAUUGUUGCAUUUUGUACCUUUGUUUCAAAGACUAAUAUAUAUAUAUAUAUAUAUAUAUAUAUAUAUAUAUAUAUAUAUAUAUAUAUAUGAGAUAGAUUAAAACUAGAAGGGCUCAUUCUUCUCAGCUUACAUCUUAACAUAAUGAAGUAUCCCUUUACUAUAAAGCUUUACUGUCCAAUAAUAUAUCCAUCCACCAGAAAUAUUGUGUUGUUGGUUCUUACAUUUUUGAACCUUUAAGAAAUACACUUAUUUAAAGAGACUGGUUUAAACCAUGUACUUCUGGGAGACUUUUAUUGCUCCUUUUAUCCUAGAAUACAUUGAGUUUUUAAAACCUAACCAAAAGCAGUGUGUUAUCUAUGCAUAACACAUUUUUUUUUACUAUUUAAAUUUAUUUUUUUUAGCUCACCAUUUUAGGGCAACAAACUACAUCCAUUAUUAAAAGGGGGGGACCACAUUAUUUAUUUUACAUGUUGUUUCAUUCUGUUAGAUUUAUUUUUAAGAAGCAACGUUGGUUUUCAUAUUUAAGACAAGAAAUGUUUUGUAUUAUAAAUCUUAAUCUAUGCAUAAUUUUCAUUGUAAAAGUCUUGAGGCAUAAAAUAAGCCAUUUCUUGGUUCUUUCGGUCCUAGAAGUUGCCAGGAAUUACAUUAAGUUGAACUCAGGCUGGCUUGUUGUUUGUGUAAAGCAGUUUGAAUUGUCAACACAGUAGUUUGGUCCCACUUGUUAUUAACCUUUGCUCUCUUGAAUAUUUAUACAAUACAAUUCUUUUUCAUUAUUUGUAACUUUAAUUUUUAUUAUAAACAAGUAAGCUUGAUGCAAAGUUAUGCUAUUUGUAAAUUCAUAUACACAAAAUAUUAUGAGAUUGGUUGAGUUUUUUUUAAUAGAGCUAAUAAAUGCAUAUAGAUAUUUAUGGAGUUCCACUAGCCUAUAUGAAUAUAUGAAUUGGGGGCGCGUGGCUGAGUGGUUAAGCAUGUGACUUACGAACCUGUGGUUCUGGGUUCAAAUCUCAGUGAAGAAUGGAAUUUUGGGAUUUAUAGGGCACCACUGAGUCCAUCCAGCUCUAAUGGGUACCUGGCCUUAGUUAGGGAAAGUAAAGGUGAUUGGUCAUUGUGCUGGCCACGUGAAAUACUGCUUGUUAAACGGUUGGCCAAAGAAAAAGAUGACCAUAAGAUAUAGAUUGUGAGGUCUGGAAUGGGAACUCCACUUUCUUUUUAACUAUAUGACUAUCAGAAGUGUGUGGUAUGUUUGGAUUAAAGAGAGUAGAUUAAAGUAGCCCAACCAAAGAACAAUGUUCACAAAAGUCAUAUACGUUUUCAUUGUUAGAUUUUAACAAAAGUACAAAUGAAAACAUUCUAGUUUACUUAUAUUUAUACUUCUAUAUACAAAGAAUUGUGGUACCAUUUUUAUGCUCAAAAAUAGAUGGAUCAUUUAUGAAUUGUUACUAUUUUAUUACAAGCUCCAUAUUAUGAUUGCUAUGCAUUCCAUCAUGAUCCAAACUGCUGCUUGAUUUCUGACCUGGUGCUUGAAGAGACAAAGUGAAAUGAAUUUAAUUUUUUUGUCUUUAUUGAAUAAGACUUUAUGAAAAUAUGUUGUUCAUUUUGAAUAGUUUUAAAUAUAUUUCUAAGAAUUUUAUGUUAAUUGUGGAGAUUGCUUUGUACUAUUUGCCAUACUGAAAGAAAUUUUUUUUAAAAUUAAUUUACAUUUACCCGGUGAUUAACUGCUUCUAUAAAGAGAGAUUUCAAGUGAGAUGAUUUUUGAUACUACUGAACAAAAUAGUUUAGUGCAUCUAUUCUAAUGGCUAUUAUACAAUAACAUUGUGUGUAUUAUAUGCAAUUUACAAAAAGAAAACAUAUUGUCCAUUGCAAAAGAAGCAAAGAAAUAAGUGUAUUGUCCUUAGACACAUUUUUUAAUUAGUGCCUGUUUAAGUGCAAUUUCUAGUUUAUCAUUUGCCUUAAUAUUUCAACCAUUUCAUUUGGUGUACUUUUUAACAUGCUAAGACACAAUAUUUGAACAAUUGAUUGUAAAUUUCCCCUCAUAGGCAGCUUUAACCUACACAGGCAUUUUGAAAAACAAAAAAGUUAUAACUUCAUUUAAGCUAUUGAUUCAUUUGUUUUGAAUCCUUUUUUUUUUUUAAAUCUAUGCAUGUGGCAGCUUGUUUGACAAGGACAUCAUCUCCUCAUUAGCCCCUCUGGUCUACAGUUAUAGUCUACUACUUUCUGAUAUUCUUUAUGUUAUACUCACUUUAGCCAUUUUUUAUUUGUGGUCAUAGGGUACAAUAUAUUUACAUUUCUUUGUUUCAAAGGUUAUCAGAGUAAAUGUAAUUAUAUGGAAGACUUCUGCAAAUCCCAACUCAAUGUGCUGUAAAUAUUUAUUUGGCUGAAUGAUGAAACCUUUUGAUUUAUGUGUUUCUUGUUUAGUCUCAGAAAUACAAAAGAAAUACAAAUAUCUGUUAGUGACUAUUAUGGCACAAUUAAAAAUUAGUUAUUUGUUUCGUAAAUAGGGGAAGUUUUAACUUAGAGACUAUGACAUGACUAGUAAAAACUAGACUGGGUUUUGGAAAAGAAUAGCGAAAUAUCAAUCAAUGUUAACAGACUGUUCUUGAUGGCUUUAGACAGAUAAGGAACUUUUUAUGAACGUAGAGAUUUAGCUUGACGACAUUUGACGGUUCCCUUUGUUAGUAUUAAACAUCUUUUUUCAACUUUCAGUAUCAGCGUCAACUAGCUUAUAUUGUUGGCCUUUCGCCUGUGUUAUUGGAUUUUGUUAUUUGAGCGUUACCUCCAUUUUGGUUUAUCUGCAUUAGACACAGUGUGGAGGUGCCAAACAUAAGUUGCAAAAAUUUACAUUUAUUUGAAUAAGAUUUUAUUUUAUUUGUUUUAGGCAGUGUGUCUUAUGUAAAAUGAUUAUAAUACAAAUAAACUUUACUAUGCAGAGAGAAAUGUAUUUUACACUUCUUCAGUAUACGUAGAAGUUAAACAAUCCUCACUAAAUGAAAUAUCAUUUACAAUAUACAAAGACCUAAAAUAUUUUUUUCUCUUUUUGUGACAUUUAUUGUGUUAGUGAUUUUUUAAAAAUUAAAUCAACUUAACAAGGUGUGUGAGUGUUUUUAGUGGCCCUGAAAAAAGGGAAAAGUUACUACUUAGUGUUAAAAAGCAUCUUAUUCUUAAAAUCACACUAUAGAUGGAGUCAGUGCCUUAGGUUUUGUUUUGCUUUUUACAAAUUUAAAAUAUUAAGAUUUGUCAAAGUUUUAUCAGUGACCACAAUUCAUCAUAUGCUUGUCAUCAGAUCAUUAUCAUUCAUAGCAUCAUUAUUUGUGACAUCAUUACUUGUAACAGCUGUAUAGUAGCUUUCUUAGUACAGAUAUAUUUUUUUGUGAUUGUAUUAGAGAGGUUUUAACAAGUUAUGUUUUUAGAAACAAGUUGGUUGAAUGAUUGUUUAUGUGUGAUGUAAAUGUUAUUGGGAGUUCUACAUUCUUUAAAUUUUGUUUAUUUGUUAGUAUUAACUUGCGUAAUGUUAUUGUUGUUAAACUAGAAACGCUACACUUAAUAACCAUAAACAACGCCAACACUGUAACGCCAGAUUCAUGAGUGAAUUUAUUUACACACUUCGUUAACACACAUGACACAUAACAUCACAACAUUCACUCCCUUAGUCAAGGGGAAUCAUUCAAGAUACUUAUAUAAACAAUGUCAACAAUUAUUUUAGUGAAUUUUUAACUGACAUUACACAUCAUUAAAAUAUGUAAUUAUAUGUUGCUGUAAUUGGAAAGAGAGAUAGGGUUUUGGUUUAACAAAGAAUACUAUAUGUGACAAUAAGUAAAUUAACUAUACAGUGUACAAGUUCAUUAGCAGCUUUUGUUUUAUGUAUAAAGUAAAAAAAGAAAAUGUUUUUUUUUUGUUUUUCUUAUUGAUUCAGUUGAUGUGAGUGUCUGCUUUAUAUUAUUUUAUUUUUAGAUUGUAGAUUUUCAACAUUAAAAUUUCUCAGCUUCA